AUGUUUUUGUCGGGGGAGAAAAAUAGUUUCAAACAGCACGUUAAGAAUUUAAAUACAUAGUCUGUAUGCAGGUAAAUAUACUAUACAUCUACUCUCUGUGAGAAAAACAACUACUGACCCACCUGUGAGGCAGUCGACCGUUUCAAAUAAAUGUCAGGACCUUAAGAAAUCACUAAAGAUGCCGCUCUUUGGAAACACGUUCAGUCCCAAGAAGAUCCCACCUCGCAAAUCUGCCUCGCUCUCCAGCCUCCACACGUUGGAUCGAUCAACUAGAGAAACCGAACUGGGCCUUGAGUAUGGACCACCUGCGAUGAACCUUGGAGGUCAGAGUUGGAAAUUUGAAGAGGGCCAGUGGAUAUCAGAAUCGGGGGGAAAUGGGUCCAGUAAGGAAUUUCAGCGGCUUAAGAAGAGAAAUGUACAGCUGGAAGAAGAGAACAAUCUCCUGAAACUUAAAAUAGAAAUUCUCUUGGACAUGCUGACAGAGACUACUGUGGAGUACCACCUGAUGGAGAAAGAAGCUGAAGAUAUAAAGACACAAAUUCGAAGGAAGAAAUGACAAAUCCAAUCUGAUGCCUUCAAAAUAGGAAAUGUUGUUCAUUCUUAGGGAGAAUGUCAAGUUUGUUGGAAAAAAAGAGCUAUUACUUUGUUUUUGCUUGUAUGCACAAAAUUACUCUUUUUUUUUUUUUACAUAAGAAUUUUUUUUGUCGUAGAUCUAGAACUUGCUUGUAUUUAAUUGGAAAAGCAGAUACUUAAUCAGAUGGUGUGUCUACUUUUAUUUGUUCUUUUCUACAUUUGUAACUGUAAAUCUGUAUCUGAAAGACAGCUUAAUGUCUACGUCUAUAUGGCAAUACAAGUUUUCUUUCUAAGAUUUUUUGUAUUUAUUGUAUUUUCUAUUGAGAUCCAAACUAAAAUUCUAUUACCGUAA